GAAAGUCAAAAAAAGGAGACAGCCAAACACUGCCUUGUCACAUCUUACGCUUUCUCUCUCUACCUUUGUUCCGAGUAAGUCCAUUUUUCCAUGUGCCCACUGUGUCUUCUCUCCCUACACGCCACCAUCUCCACCACCACCUCCUCCUCCGACGAUUUUCAAUUCCCAAAUUGCGAACCCUAGGGUUAGGUUUUUUCUUUAAUUAUUAUAGCUUUUGCUCCCCUCGUUUUGCUUCUACUUCCGAUAGAUCUUCCGAUUUUUGGGAUUCUCGGUCUUGAUUUUUGAUUUUUGAGCUUGGAAAGUGACUUUGGCUUCCGAGGAGCUAAAGUGCGUUGACGGGGAAUCGAUGCCGGAAAUCGAUCUCAUGAGAGUCGAUCAAUGCGUCUCCGAUGUGAAAUUGGAUGGUGGUUCUUCUUCGCCUAGCGAGGCUCCUGGUUUCGGGGGAUUCGAUUGCUGUGGUUCGAUUGAUGUGGAGGUGAAGCUGGAACAAGAGUCGGAUUGCUUGAAGAAGAGCGUCGUAGUGCGCUCUGCUAGACGCGGCCGUCCGCCGAGAACACUUGGGAAAGGUACUUCGUCUCCGAUUUCCGCGGUGGCGCAGUCGAGGAAGAGGAGGGAAGACGAGGAUGUUUGCUUCGUGUGCUUCGAUGGAGGCAGCCUCGUCCUCUGCGAUCGUAGGGGAUGUCCAAAGGCGUAUCACCCAGCUUGUGUCAAGCGUACUGAAGCAUUCUUCAGAUCAAGAGCAAAAUGGAACUGUGGUUGGCACAUCUGUACUGCUUGUCAAAAGGAUUCUUUCUACAUGUGCUAUACUUGUCCAUAUUCAGUUUGCAAAAGAUGCGUUAGAAGCUCAGAGUAUGUAGUUGUACGAGAAAACAAAGGAUUUUGUGGGAUUUGCAUGAAGACUAUCAUGCUUAUUGAGAAUGCAGGUGAAGCUAACAAAGAAAAGGUUCAGGUCGAUUUUGACGAUCAAGGCAGCUGGGAGUAUCUUUUCAAGAUUUACUGGGUUUCCCUUAAGGAAAAGCUAUCGUUUUCGUUAGAUGAUCUUACCAAAGCAAAGAAUCCAUGGAAGUCUUCUGCUACCAAGAGAAGAGCUACUAGUCGGAUUCACGAAAAGGAUGAUGGGGUUACGAAAGCGGCGAGCCGUGCUAAAGUGAGGAAAAUGGAAGUUGUUUCCGCGAGUGAUUUGGCUUCUGUCUUGGAUUCGAACGGACUUCCACCAUUGACUAGUGCUGCUGCUCCGUGGGCGACGGAUGAGCUCUUGGAAUUUGUAGGGUACAUGAAAAACGGUGAUACCUCCGUCUUAUCGAAGUAUGACGUCCAAACUCUCGUGCUAGAGCAUGUGAGACGAAAUAAUCUACAGAACGCUCAUCAGAAUUCGGAGAUAACGUGUGACCCUAGGCUUACGAGGUUGUUCAGAAAAGAUCGAGUGGAUCACUUGGAAAUGUUAAAGCUUCUUGAUUCUCACUUCCUCGAUCAAGAAAGGUCUCCGGUUACAGAUACAUCAGCAGGAGGAGUCACUGAAACCAUCUCCUUCCAGGUCGAUACGAGCAGGAGCUGCGAUAGGUUAAAUACGUCUGAACAACGUCAAGAAGGAGAGUCACAGCAGUCGAACGUGCACAAUGUUCAGGUUAGACCUUCCAGUUCUGAAACAUGUGCCGCUCGGUCCAAUAAGCCGAUUGAUGGCUUGGACGCGGUAUGGUUAUAUGGAGAUCCAGAUGGGAAGAUUCACGGACCGUUUUCGUUACUGAACCUGCGACAGUGGAACUCGAGCGGCCAUUUCCCGCCUGAGCUGAGGAUAUGGAAGUUGAGUGAACCGCAAAACAGCUCCAUACUCUUGACCGACGCGUUGAACGGGCAGUUCCGUAAAACAGGGACGGUUCCGAAUCAUUCUAUCCCGAGGCAGGAAGAGAUGGUUACUACUGUAGCUAACGAUCAAAACAGGAGUGUGGCUGUAGCUAAACUAGAGAGUAGAGUACUUGACUUUAGCCCCAACUCAGUGUCCACUGACCAGAGUGUUAUUUCUAGCAGUAACAGUGUCAUCACAAGGAGCUCUGAUGCGAGCAACAAAAGCGGAAACAAUUUUAGUCACAACGUGCCGUUGGAUUUCACUCUUUCAAACGAAAGGGAGCCUGUGGGUUCUGUCUCCCUCUGGAACAAGAUGAAAGUCGAAAGUCCUUUGCCUGGACAAAGCCGGAUAAGCUGUUCGCUUUCGCUGGCUACAUUCCCCGGAAACUCAAACUCAACCUGCUCUCUGCCGCAACAGGAGAGAUGGAGUGUUGGUCAAACGGAGGGAGAUGGGAACGCAGUGAAGAACGCUUGCAAUCAAAACGAUACUGGCGCUGAGAAACAAGUCACGGCUAUAGUUCAGUCAUGUGGACAAAACUGGAACGCUGCUACUCCAAGCAGUGCUUCAAACGUGUGGGAUUCGAACUCCGGUUUGGUGUCUUUCACAGACAAUCAAGAAAUCGACUUCCUUGAUCUCUUUAGCCCAACCUUCAAAUUCAACUUUGCGUCUACUACAACGGAGUGGCAACCCAUCGUAGCUGGACCUGACGAAUGCGACGAGUCAGUCUCUGAUCUUUUGGCGGAAGUCGAAGCCAUGGAGUCCCAGAAACGUCUUCCUUCUCCAACUUCAACGUUUCGUGGCCCUGGAGAACUAAACCGACACUCCAUUAACAAUAGCUUCAGUCCAGUAGAAGGGCAUAGCCCAGCGCUUGAUGUAAGCAAAGGUGACUCCAUGAGCUCAACGAACGAUCUGCAGAUGCAUUCACGAACAAACAACGUUGUGGAUUUUUAGCCGUGGGCUCGAUCUUUUGUAUCGGUUCAGAUAGAGAGAAUCAUAACCAGGGCACAUGUUACCAUAGAUCAUCCAGUGUCCCAGAUCGAUGGUGGACUAUGCUUAUCUCUGUUUUUUUGCAGGAUUAUUACAGAACAUAAAUAAAUGGCGAAUCAAUCAUCAUCAUCAUCAGAAAGUAAAAAAAAAAGGAAAGAGUGGUGCAUAUGAAGAAGAUAUGAUCAAAUGUUUCUUCGUGAUAGUUUUGGCUGCACCAAUUGUUUUUCGGUAUUUAGGCUUUGUACGUUGUCCUCCUGUGUUAAGAUUUACACAGACCCCAGCUUCUGUAUUUUUACAUUGUUUGUACUUAGGCUACGUAUAAAAAAAUGGAAGAAAAUUGUUGUUAAAAUGAUGGAUGUAAUCAAAAACAUUGUAGGGAUCAUCAUCUAUUGUCUCUCUCUCUCUCUAUAUAUAUGAUAGUGUAACGUUACAUCUCUUUUUCUUCAUCAGCUGUUUGAAUUCGUUUCCUUUGCUGACAAGUGUAGGCUCGAGUUCCUUUGACUCAAAAACGGCUUCGUUUUUUUCUUUUCUACUUGUUUGAAUCAGUACAGAUCCAGGAUGAGACGAAUUCGCUCUCUUCGAUUGAUCGUUCACGGAUUUAGAAACUUUUUGUUGUUGUUUUCUCGAUUUCGGUUUUUGUUGAUCGAUCGAGGUAAGUUUCUGAUUUGAUGGUGGAAGCUACGUCGAAUUUGACGCCGUCGCAGAGAUACGCGGCAAGCGCAUUGUUUGCGGUUGCGCUCAACCAAGCGCAGAUCAGCCAGACAAAGCCGCUCGGGAUCCCGGCCACCGAUCACGGCGGAGAGCCUGAGAAUCGCCUGACCGGAGAGCCAAUCAGCGGCGGCGAUCCAAUCUCCGAGGACGCGGAUCUCUGGGUCCACGAGGUUUCUGGCCUUCUCCGACCCGUUUUCAGAUGUCUACAGGUUGAUUCCUCAGCUUGGCAUGGCCUCGAGGAAAUAGCUGCUUCUUCUCCGGCGAAGGAUCACAUCGGUGCGGUAUGACCAACUUCCCUACGUAUCUUGAUGUGUUGUGUUGAUGAGCUCUUCUUCUUCACUUGUCUGUCAAUUUCUGGGUUUAUUGUAGUUCAUCAAGUUACUCUCAGAAGAUGCGAUUGAUGAUAACAGUCCUACUGAUAUGGUGGAGAAAGAGACCGCCUUAGCUAAAGCUGCUGAAGCUAUGUUUCAAAGCAUUAAGCAAGGUUCUGUGUCUGUUGAAGCUAAGAAGGAGAAACACGUGGAAUACGAAAACGAAUGCCGUGAGAAGUAUUCGGUUCCCGAGGCGCAGCCCGGUGCUGCGGAGAAGGAAACAGAGAGUCAAGGGGAGGAUGUAGUUAGAGAUGAGAAGAAACCUGUUGAGGAAGUAGCACUGCUUAGCCAUGAGAGGAAGAUAAGUGUUCUUUACGAGCUGCUUUCUGCUUGCUUAGCUGAUAAACAUGAGGAGAACGAGGAAUGUACACGGAGUAGGAAAGGCUAUGAUGCGCGUCACCACGUUGCUCUGCGGUUACUUGCGACUUGGUUUGACAUUCAGUGGAUUAAAAUGGAAGGAGUCGAGAAAAUGGCUGCAUGCUCUGCCAUGGCAUUGCAAAAGUCAAGCGAAAACAAGGAAGAAGAGUCUCUGUCACCAAAUAGUGAAUGGGAUAAAUGGAAACGUGGAGGCAUUGUUGGAGCGGCUGCGUUGACAGGGGGUACUUUGAUGGCUAUCACUGGUGGAUUGGCUGCUCCAGCAAUUGCUGCAGGGUUUGGUGCAUUGGCACCAACACUGGGAACGCUAGUUCCUGUAAUAGGAGCCAGUGGGUUUGCUGCAGCUGCUAGUGCUGCUGGAACUGUAACUGGGUCUGUUGCUGUUGCAGCAUCUUUUGGAGCUGCUGGAGCUGGGCUCACUGGGACUAAGAUGGCAAGGAGAACUGGGGACAUUGAAGAGUUUGAGUUUAAAGCUAUUGGAGAAAAUCAUAAUCAAGGACGAUUAGCAGUGGAGAUAUUAGUUGCUGGCUUUGUUUUAAAAGAAGAAGACUAUGUAAAGCCCUGGGAAGGUUUAACUAGCAACUUGGAAAGGUACACGGUGCAAUGGGAAUCCAAGAAUAUUAUUGCAGUCAGCACUGCAAUUCAGGAUUGGCUUACCUCAAGAGUUGCUAUGGAGUUGAUGAGACAAGGUGCGAUGCACACAGUGCUAGGCUCGCUUUUAGCAGCGAUGGCAUGGCCGGCAACAAUCUUAUUAGCUGCUGACUUCAUAGAUAGUAAAUGGAGUAUCGCCAUUGACAGAUCAGACAAAGCAGGAAGACUUCUUGCUGAAGCGCUUCGAAAAGGGUUACAUGGAAAUAGACCUGUGACGCUCGUGGGAUUUUCGCUUGGUGCGCGUGUCGUCUUCAAGUGCCUCCAGGCUCUGGCCGAGACAGAGAAAAAUGCUGAAAUUGUGGAAAGAGUUGUUCUUCUUGGAGCACCAAUUUCAAUCAACAACGAGAAUUGGCGAGACGUAAGAAAGAUGGUGGCUGGAAGAUUCAUUAACGUUUACGCCACAAAUGAUUGGACCCUCGGGGUUGCUUUCCGUGCAAGUCUGUUAUCUCAAGGAUUAGCUGGAAUCCAACCGGUUUGUAUCCCUGGGAUCGAGGAUGUUGAUGUUACCGAUAUGGUGGAAGGUCACUCAUGUUACCUAUGGAAAACUCAGCAAAUCCUGGAAAGACUCGAACUCGACAACUCUUAUCCAGUUUUUCGAAACACUCUCUGACUAAAACGAAACAUCAUAUCCCUUUCUUUUCUCGUUCUCUUCAGUUACAUUUCUGGGAAGAAAAAUCCCCGGGGAACGAAAAACAAAGCAAGUCCCAAAUGAAAGAAACAACAAAAAAAAAAACAACAAUUAAAAAAGAAGACAAAACCAGAUUUUAAUAGAAAAGACAAAACCAUUUAUACUGAACAGAAACAGUAAAACUCUCCAUCGUCAGGGACAAACAGAGCAGAUGAGUCGCGUGUUAGGCACGGCGAUCAAGCGCGUGGCUCUUGGAGCGGUAAGACCCAUGACGUCGCUCAUGUCGAGCUCACUCGGUUUCAUCCCGUCGGGUAACUGCCACGUGUAGCAAUGAAUGAUGUUAGCCACAGCGACUUCCAUCGCGUAAAGCCCAAGCUGCAUUCCCGGGCACGAUCUCCGACCAGCCCCGAACGGUAUAAACUCGAAGUUAGUCCCCAUGAAAUCGGGCAUACCCGGUUCCAUAAACCUCGAAGGCCUAAACGCUUCCGGGUCAACCCACAGUUUCGGGUCACGCGCGAUCGCAAAGGCGUUGAUCAUCAUGCGCGAGCCUUUGGGCACAGAGAAGCCUUGUAGCUUCGUGUCCUCGAUGGCCUCGUGGAGGAUGAGUGGGAUCGGUGGGUGGAGUCUCAUGGUUUCUUUGAGCAAGCAUUUGAGGAAUGUUAGUUUCUCGAGGUGCGUCUCAUCCACGCGCCGGUCCAGACCCACGACCUCGGCGAGUUCUUGUUGGAGCCGUUCGAGUUCGUUUGGGUUACGUAAGAGCUCCGUCAAAGCCCACUCGAUCCCCGACGCCAUCGUCUCCGUUCCUCCAAACAUAACAUCCUUCGAGUAACAAAGUAAAUAAGUAAAUUUAUAGAGCUAACAUUCUGAUACUAAUUUUCAUUCCAAGGUAUAAACUAUCAACUUCAAAUGUUACUAAGAGAGAAAAUCUAUAAAUAAAAAAAGGUUAUUAACGUUUUGGCUUACCAUGACGAGGGCUUUGAUAUUAUCCCGUGUGAGUUUAACGGCGUUCUUAUUACGAUUAGUUGAUGAAUCCUCGCUUACUAACUUCUCUUCUUCGCUAUAAAACGCAAGUAGAUCAUCGACCAUAUCGGUAUCUUCAUCAACGUUUACAUUCUCCCUCUUCUUCAUAUGCUCAUCGAUAACUUCAUCGAUAAACCCAUCAAGAUCGUUACGGGCCUUAACGAGCCUCUUGUUUAUCCCUUGCAGAUCGAACCAGCCGAG